UAUUUAGGGCAUUCGAGUGGUCUCCCGUCUAUUGCGAAUCUUUUGGUGCGAGAGAAAAGUAAUAAUAUCGACAAAAAUGGCUUUCCGCAUACCUUUUGGCAAGAAGCACGCUGAAAUCGCGACUUCCUUCAUCCGCUCUGGAGCUGGAUUCGGAGGAGCUGCUGGCCUGGCCGUGCUCUACUACACCGACUGGAAGCUCGUCCUGCAGUACGUGCCCAUCUACGGCUCCAAGUUCGACAAGAGCGAAUAACUUCA